AUGCUCUCAAUCUUCCUAGCGGAGCAACUUAAGCAGGAACUAUCAAACGGAAAAACAAAACAAGUCGUGUACUUUUUCUGCAUUCACAAAAAGCGGAAUGAGGGCACAGGUCUAUUGAGGAGACUAUUAUAUCAGAUUAUAGACAAACAGCCAGAGCUCGCUAAACACGCCUUCCCAUACCUCGAGAUGUCUGAGCGAAGAACUCAAACUUUGUCUUCCCUGGCAUCUGAUCCGACGCUGGGCCGCUUGUUUUGCAUAGUGGAUGGGUUAGAUGAGUGCGAUGAGAACACGCAAAGAUUUCUUAUACCGAGAUUCAUUCACCAGCCUAUUUCCCAACUCUCGCCGAAUGAGCCUAAGAAUCUCGUCAGCCUUAUCAUCGUUAGCCGUGAAUUAGAGGGACUGGAGAGCUGUAAAAAGGUGGACCUAGAUAAAGAUCAUGCUUUCGAUGGUGAUGGCGACAUCGCAUUGUUCGUUGGCGAAAAGAUAGAUGAACUAUUUCAGAAGAAGAAAUUCAACGAAUCUUUUCGCCCAACAGUCCAUGAGGCUUUGCUUUCGAGAGCUAGCGGCACAUUUUUAUGGGUAGGCUUUGCUGUUAACGACCUUUUGAAGAUGCGUACAUGGAGCCAAGUGUGCAAGCAAUUAAAGUCACUACUAAUUGAUCUGAGUAACAUGUAUGAUCAUAUGGUACUUGCGAUUCCUUCAGAUAACCGAGAGACGUUAUCGUUGAUAUUACAAUGGGUCUGCCUUGCCCAGUGCCCCCUCAAAGUUGCAGAACUGGCUCAAGCUGUAGGUCUGGAACCAACUCCCCAUAACAUCUGUUCCAAAGGCAUCGACCCAGUACCUACAUCUAUCCUCCUUAAGCAGACAACCAUUGAUGCAAUAUCCCUUUGUGGUCAAAUGCUGAAGGUUGAGGGUGAAGAGGUUACACUUAUCCAUCAAUCAGUAAGGGACUAUCUAUUGCGCUGCAACAGAGAUAGAAACGACAUUCUGGAGUUUUUUCGUGUUCGACAGAAAGAGACACAUCGCAGCAUUACCCGUACGUGUUUCGACUGUAUUGCGCAAAGCAACUCUCGCACUACAUGGAUGGAUCUGAACGAUAUUAACUCCGAGUAUUCACCGCUCCUUCUAUACACAACCAGGUUUUGGAAUGAACAUGCCCGACUUUGUCUCGACGCUGCCAACGAACUUUUUCACGACUUAUAUUCUUUUUUUCAAACUAAUUCCACGGCCUCCUGCCAAAGUGGUAUCGUCGAAAACGUACAGUUGCUUAUCGAUAUGGGAGCUGAUAUCUGGGUCAAAGAUGAUAGAGGCGGUACAUUGCUUCAUGCGGCGGUUGAUUCAGGAAGCGAAGCAAUGAUCCGACUUUUUCUACUUAAAGGACUAAAUUUCAGAGCGAAAAGCCAUGUCGGGGACACGCUAUUACAUCAAUUUGCUUGGAACAUCGCUCCGGAAGAUGGAAUAUCAAUCUUCAGGCUGCUGAUAUUCUUAGGAGUAAGUAUCAAUGAAAAGAACUAUGAAGGUUCAACAGCUCUGCAUAUGGGAGCACAAGCAAUCUAUCCAGAAAUUGUGCAGCCCUUGGACGAGCAUGGAGCCAACCUAGAAGCGAGGGACACAUCGGGCAAGAUACCAUUGCAUUGUGCCAUUCUUGCGCACAGCUAG